AAUCCUGAAUUUUCAAGUUUCAAGUGAAAGAAAGAGAGAGAAGAAACAGUUACCAGUCACUAUGAAACCUCUCCAGUGCCUUAUUCUUCUGAUGUUUGUUCUCUUUGCUUCUGCGGUUGCAAGGAAGGACAAUAUGAGCGGAGGGUGGAGUCCCAUCACGAACAUCAACGAUCCUCACGUAAAGGAGAUAGCAGAUUACGCGGUUACGGAGUAUGUUAAGCGAUCGGGUCAUAAAUUGAAGUUGGAGAAGGUAUUGAAGGGCGAGAUUCAGGUAGUUGCAGGGCUCAACUACCGCCUUACCCUAGCGGCCGCCGACGGUUCUUCUUCCAACAACUACGAAGCAAUUGUGUGGGAGAAAGCGUGGCAGCAUUUCAGGAACCUCACUUCCUUUACCCCUGUACGUGUUUAAUGGUUCUGUUGUCUUGUAGUGCCUAUCUAUCUUCUGUGUAUUAUUAUUAUAUACACUAAUAAAAUCUUAAGUUAGGUAAACUAGAUGUUCUGUGAAUCUUAUUUUAUUAUUCCUCUGCGUGUUAAGAUGUUUCUAAAAUUGAAGAUUUGCGUUUUCAAUGUUUUCUUUUCUUUGGGGAAAAAUGUUGUAGGAGGUAUGUUGAGGAGCCAAAAUCUUAAUUAAAAGGUUAAAUUUGUAAAUUCAAUCUUCCAAAUUGGUUUUAGAAGGCCGAAUUAGUAUAAUUUAGUUAGGUCUUUUUGUACAAAGUGGGAAGGUUGACUGUGUAAUGCAUUUAAAGGUUUAUUUUAUUAAACGGGGAUAAAUUUAUUUUAAAAAA